CGCCCACCUGCAUGGCGGUCCAUCAAACCCAUGACAGAGGAGUAGGUUCUCGAGCGAUGGUGGAGCAGUUGCAGUCACUCGUCUUUUCUUCUUGCUUACGCCCACAAGAACUGGAUCGCUCGAGGAUCAAAAUCCUUGGUCUUUAUGCUACUAGUAGUCUUCCAAUCCAAGUCAUGCCGAUGAUCGGAUGAACUGCCAUGGACAUUCCCUUCUUCGAUGAGCUCAAGAAGCAGGCGUCCUACUUUCUCAAAGAAAAGGUCCGGGCGGCGAGAUUGGCUCUCACCGACGUUACUCCAGCUGAACUGCUGACCGAAGAGGCAACCGAUAGCGACAACCCAUGGGCACCUGAUGCCAUGACAAUGAGUCGCAUAUCGCGUGCUGCGUUUGAGAUCGACGACUACUGGAGAAUUGUGGAGAUUCUGCACAAGAGAUUCUCAAAGUUCGAUGGGAAGAACUGGAGAGAGCCGUACAAGGCUCUGAUACUUGUCGAGCAUCUCCUGACUCAUGGACCGGAGAGUGUAUCGGAGGAGUUCCAGUGCGACAGAGAAGUCAUUCAGGGAAUAGGCAACCUUCGGUGUAUCGAUGAGAAGGGGUUCAACUGGGGACUGCAGGUGAAGAACAAAGCAGAGAGGGUCCUGAAGCUGCUGGAGAAGGGGCCGCUGCUUAAAGAAGAACGCGCCCGGGCUCGCAAAAUUUCUCGUGGGAUCCAAGGGUUCGGGAGCUUCAACCUAAGCUGGCCGUCAUCCCAUGCCACGGGAGCGGCCUCGUGUGACUACGCAAGAAGCAAUUCGCACUCCGAGGAUUACACACGGAGGGAGAAGAAUCCAAUUCUGGACGUCGGAAAGGAAAGAUCGAAUUCUGACACUGGAACCCGUGCACAGCUUAAGAAGACACGGGCGACAUACCAGGCAACGAAGGAGGAGAGCAAAAGCAUUGGUGCCACAGACGGGCAUUUAGCAGAAGAACCAAAGCUUUCGAGUUGCGAGGAAGGAAGAAAAGUCUCGAGUCAAAAAGAAGAUCACCCGUUCAGCAACUCGGAUCAUGAGACCACCAGUUUGCUUCUCAUGAGUCAGAGUUGAUGAUGAUGAAUCUUGCCACAGUGCUUAAGAAGAGAUCAACAGCCUCCAUCCAUCUUGAAGCCCGAGCUAUGCGUGCAGGACGACUCCUCUUACAAUGUGUAUAUAUACCGUGUGACAUCUCAACAAUAAAAGCAUUGUAUCAUACAGGUUUCUAGGAUUGUGAAAACACCAGUGCGAUCCAUUUUAUAUCAA